AUGGGCGAGUUCAACGAGAAGGCCACGUGCGGCACCGUUUGCCUCAAGUACCUGCUCUUCACCUUCAACUGCUGCUUCUGGCUGGCCGGUCUGGCCGUCAUGGCCGUGGGCGUGUGGACGCUGGCCCUGAAGAGUGACUACAUCAGCCUGCUGGCCUCUAACACCUACCUGGCCUCGGCCUACAUCCUGGUGCUGGCCGGCGUUGUCGUCAUGGUGACCGGUCUCCUGGGCUGCUGUGCCACCUUCAAGGAGCGGCAGAGUCUGCUGCGCCCGUACUUCAUCCUGCUGCUCAUCAUCUUCCUGCUGGAGAUUGUGGCCGGCAUCCUGGCCUACGUCUACUACCAGCAGCUGAACGCGGAGCUCAAGGAGAACCUGAAGGACACCAUGACCAAGCGGUACCACCAGCCAGGCCACGAGGGCGUGACCAGCGCCGUGGACAAGCUGCAGCAGGAGUUCCACUGCUGCGGCAGCAACAACUCCCGGGACUGGCGGGACAGCGAGUGGGUCCGCUCCGGGGAGGCGGGCGGCCGCCUGGUCCCCGACAGCUGCUGCAAGACGGUGGUGCCCUACUGCGGCCAGCGGGAGCACGCCUCCAACAUCUACAGGGUGGAGGGCGGCUGCAUCACCAAGCUGGAGACCUUCAUCCAGGAACACCUGCGCAUCAUCGGUGCCGUGGGCAUCGGCAUCGCCUGCGUGCAGGUGUUCGGCAUGAUCUUCACCUGCUGCCUGUACAAGAGCCUGAAGGUGGAGCAAUACUGA